AAUAUGGUUGAUGACAAGAAAGUGAAUAGAAAAAAAAGAAAAAGAAAAAUCUAAAGGCUUGGAACAUGCCAUCACCAUGUCAAAACAAUUGUCCUACGUAAGCUAUUGAACUGCGCCAUGCUGGCCACAAAAUAAAAGUACAAAGGCCACAAAAUUCUGGAGUCUUCAUUCUCAUUUUCCUUGUUCUGUUUUGUCACUCGCUUGUGGAGAAUCAGAAUGGCUCAGAAGAUAGAGUUGAAGGUCCUUACUAUGACUGAUGAAAAAACCAAGAAAAAGGCAAUUGAAGCAGUUGCAGAUAUCUUCGGGAUUGAUUCGAUUGCUGUAGAUAUAAAUGAACAGAAGAUAACAGUGAUUGGUGAAAUGGAUGCAGUGGCAGUAGUGAAGAAACUGAAGAAGAUAGGGAAGGUUGACAUAUUAUCGGUUGGACCUGCUAAGGAAGAAAAGAAAGAAGAAACAAAACAAGAAGAGAAGAAGGAAGAGAAGAAAGAAGAGGCAAACAAGGAGAAUAAAUAAAUACAAUUACAAUACAUGUCAUCUGAUUUUUCAUAUUCUUCCCUCUUUUUUCUUUCUUAUAAUACAGAAAUCAUGGAUUUAAUUCAUGUUGGUUUCUUUAUAAAUCUGUGGUCACAAUCAUUUUCUAGUGCUUGAUUGCUGAAAUGGAAACAAGUAACUAGAUGAGCAUUAAAAAUUUGUAUGGAUUUUAAUUUUCUUUGAUAUUCACAUUAUUAUGUAUGAGUGGAGGUAAGCAUUGAAGAGA